GAGGAGAAGCAAGGAUAGAGAGAGAAGAGUUAUUUGAUCUAUCUUUUAGUGUUAAGGGUUUGUUUGUUCGGUGAAAAUGGCGAUUAAGCUUCAUGGGAGCUGGAUGUCUACUGCCACACUUAGAGUUGGCGCCACUCUCUACGAGAAGGGCCUCGAUUUUGAGCUGGUUCCAGUUGACCUCAGUGCCCAUGAACACAAGCAAGAGAAUUUCCUUUCCUUGAACCCGUUUGGGCAGGUUCCAGCAUUUGAAGAUGGGGAUCUCAAGCUUUUUGAAUCAAGGGCAAUAACUAAAUACAUAGCAUAUAAAUACAAGGAACAAGGCACAGAGUUGGUUGGAGCCAAUUUUUCGGAAAUGCCGAUCAUUGGUGUGUGGAUGGAGGUUGAGGCUCACCAUUUCGCAGGCCCCUCCACAAAGCUCGUAUGGGAACUUUGUAUUAAGCCUAUGAUCGGAAUUCCAGUCGAUGAGACAGUAGUCGAGGAGGCAACCGGCAAGCUAAACGGAGUCUUGGACGUGUAUGAAGCCAGGUUAGCCAAGAACAAGUAUCUUGGUGGUGAUGAGUUCAGCCUAGCAGAUCUCCACCACUUGCCCAACAUUCGCUACAUUCUGAUGACACCUAAGGCUUCGCUCUUUACUUCGCACCCGCACGUGAGCAGGUGGUGGUCGGACAUUUCUUCUCGCCCUGCUUGGACCAAGGCGGCGGCGCUCUCUGAUGCGGCCAUCCCUAAGCAGGCUUAGACUGCAAUAAAAUGAAUGCAAAUCUUACAGUUUGCUUCAUUUCGCUUCCUUUUUGUUUUGCUUUAGGCGUUUGUUUUGCUGUCGAAUGCAUUAUCCGAUGUGUGAGGAAAUGGUUGCUCCCAUGUGCAGAAGGACCACACCAUUUGGUUGUUGUAGCGUAUAAACAAUCUAGAUGGCUCAGAUUCAACAA